UGAUGAUAAUACUUGGAGCUGGCGAUGGACUCGUGGUUGAAGUGAAGACUGAAGUCUGAAGAGACGAACUGCAACAUUUUGGUCUUUGGUAUGUUGGCGUGGGUUGUGCGGGAGGGGAAUUAUGGCGGACACUUGUUUGGGACCCCCCUUCUCUAUUCCUUCCUUAAAUGCCUUUACUUCUUUCCCGUUUUCUCUCUUCCAUUUCCAUCCUAUUUGUCUCUCUUCGCCUUCUAGAAGCAGCAGCAGCAGAGACAGAUCUCUCUCCUUCUCUCUCAUGGCUUCCUCCGCUCGUACCUCUCCCACGCACAACUGCCACUCCUCCGUACCCACUGCUCAUCAGCCCUCACUGGUGGUUUUCUCGGUACACAGGUGGAACAGCCUUUAAUGGUGUUGCCGAAGAGCUUAAGAAGUUAACUACUUGUGUUGCUCAUGUUCUUCCUGUUUCUGAUGAUGGUGGAAGUACAGCUGAGAUUGUCCGAGUUCUUGGUGGCCCUGCAGUUGGGGACAUACGGUCAAGAUGCUUGAGACUGUCUGAUCAAAGUACCUCUGAGGCCCUUGCUGUGAGAACAUUGCUUGGUCAUCGACUACCUCUUGAUGCACAAAAAGCAAAGCUAGAGUGGUAUGAUAUUGUGGAAGGGAACCAUAACCUUUGGAAAGGCAUCUCAAAACCUUACAGGGAAACUAUACGAGCUUUCUUGGCUUACUUUCAAGACCAGAUUCUUCGGCGCUCAGAAGACUUGUUUUGUUUUAGUAAUGGAAGCAUUGGGAAUUUUUUCUUUGCAGGAGCACGGACAUUUUUUCAGUCUCUAGAUGCUGCAAUCUUUUUGUUUUCACGUGUUUCUGAUAUUCCAACCGAAAGUCUUGUUCUUCCUGUGAUAUCCACUAACGAGAGGCUUACGUUGGGCUGUGAAUUACGGGAUGGUACCAUUAUACGUGGACAGAAUGCAAUAUCUCACCCAACAAAUGGACGCAUGGAACCCAUAAACAAGGGGAUCUCUUCAUCUCCUGCACUUGCUUCAAAAAUAAAACGAGUGUUCUACAUGUCAAGUGAAGGAAGCAACUUAUUGCAUGAGGUUUUCCCUGCUGUAAAUCCAACGGUCUUGGAAAAGUUGAGAAAUGCAGACUGCAUCGUAUUUGCCAUGGGAUCGCUCUUUACUUCCAUCUGCCCUUCUCUGGUUUUACUCGGAGUUGGGGAAGCCAUCGCUUCACGGUCAUGCCCCAAGGUGCUUCUGUUGAAUGGUACACACGACCGUGAAACCAGUGGCUUUACUGCUUCCUGCUUUGUGACAGCCAUCACCGAUGCCCUAAACCGAACUUACGAGGAUCGUUGCAAUUGCCUUAAAAAUCCCCCAAAUAGAUAUAUCAAUACGCUUCUGGUGCCAAAAGACGGCCAAGUUCCGAUGGAUGUUGAUCGCCUCACUUCCCAAGGGAUUCGUAAUGUGGUGACUGUAGAUUCAGUCCAUGACCCGAAAGUCGGUGCAAUUUUCGACCCAAAAUCAUUAAUCCAAGCACUUGCAGGUUUGAUCAUACAAACAUGAGAAAAACCGCAACCUUUUAUAUUAUGAGAUUGAAGAGCCAGCAGAGGAAGUAUAUUUGGCUAUGAAGUUAGUAAUGCUUUGACUGCCUUCUCAGAAUUUGACAGUGAUCCUAGGAGGAUACAAGGUUUUUCAUUGAUUCUAGUACAGCUAUUGGACAUAUAGGGAAGUUAUAGAAGAAGCCUUUGUUGGAUCCACAGUUGAUAUGUGAUCAGAAUUAAUGUACAGUGUAGUUCAUUCACUUCAAAUUACAAAUGCUCUUUCACAUCACAAAUAUAUCACUCUAUUCCUAUAUUAUCACGAAAGACAUUGGGGUUUUUUUG